CUGAUUGGCUACAGCUUAAUCACACCUGCAGGAAGAAAGGGAUGCUGACAGACAAAUGUCUGUGUUUUUGUUGCCAUCGAGACAUCAAGUGUAAACAAAAACAUUUUUAUAUUUUAGAUGCUUUAGGUUUCUCAUCAUCACUGUGCCUCUUUGUGCGUCUGCUCACCUGUCUGCCUGUGGGAAAUGGUCAGGAAGUCAUGUGCAAAGCACAGCUUUUGAAAACAAAUUCUAUUAAACCAUUAAUUUAUCCUGUUGUGAUUGUGUCCUGGGAAACCUCCACCUUCUUUCUGAACCUUGCUGUAGGCGCAGAUUCAGCAUUCUGUACUGACUGGUGGGGGGACUUGACUUUAAAUUCAAAGAAGAUGGAAAAGUCAAGUAAACUUCAAGUUUGUGAUGUAACUGAUUUGUAUACAUUUGAAUAUCUGCAUAGAACUGCAGUUCAACAUCUACCACUAAUCUUAGUACUAUUGCUAGUAAUAAUACUAAUUUUAAUACAAGUUAAAGCGAAUGGAACUGAUGUAAAGCCUGCUUCUCCAGUCAGUGUUUCUCUUACCUCAGUUUACAGUGAGUCUUUACAGUCAUUGCAUGAGUGUACUCAACAGUUUUCUAACAUGUCUGAUGACAGUGACAGAAAUGAUGAAGAUCCGGACAUGAACCUUCUCAAUCAGCUGUUCUGAAACAGAUUAAUUCUAGAGUCUGGAGUAUAACGAGACUGGUCUAAUUCCCGUCGUCUUUCCUGCUUUGUAGGAACCAAAAUUAUUAAAGGUAUGGUUUUCAAGAAAAAUAAAAAUUAUUUUACCUUGCACAUGAAAACAGUUUUGCUGAAUAAAUACUGUUUGCAUUCAUCAUAGUUCAUAUUGUGCUGCUUGACGUCUUUCGGGUUCUACUUAUUUUCUUCCGCUACAACCAAACAUUCUUCUAGAUUAUUAAGGAAAGCGUUAGUAUUUAGUUAAAGUAGUUUAACUGUGUCCGACAUGUGGCGAUAGCUGUUUCAGUUUCUGUGUAACAGUAGAAGAAGAAGCGCAAGCUGUGAUUGGUCAACGGUGAGUUUAAAGAAAUCAUGGCGCCAUCUGCGUGACUUCAUGCUGCUGAAAAAAUACCGGCUCUGAGAGGGAAGUCCUGAAACAAAAUUGAUGUUGAAUCAAAGAACAACUAAAACAGGAACCAGAGACCCAUGGAGGAUCCGUAAUGUGCCUCUGCCUUACACUUACUUGACCAAGAGGAUGAACCCAACAUGACAGUGAUGUGACCAGUGGAGUCGGAAACUGCUGUGGUGCUUCAGCUGCUGACGCUAAACUUGCUCCUAGAGGCGGCUUCAAGAACGGAACCGGCCCGUUUACUACCUGUAGUGGAACCGUCAGGAUGGAGACCGGCACGGCUUCACUGGAAGCAGCUGAAGAAUUCAGAAAGGUUCAGAUCAAAACGGAGCCGGAUGGAGACGUAGAGAUCCAGGCAUAUCCUGUCCUCAGACAGCUGUCCAUCAAAUUGACUGACUGCAGGCUGUGGCUGGAGGGGCAGGACUUCCUGUCUCUGGACAAUCACCCUCAGCUCUAUACCCAGAGGCAAAGAAGCCUCCACCCAACAAACUGGGGCAGAAAGAUGGUUUACUGCUCUGAAUGUCAGAAAGGUUUCUACAAGAGGUCUCACCUAGAGGCUCACCUGAGGACCCACCAAGGACAGAAACCCAACCAGUGCUGGCAGUGUGGAAGGACCUACCCGACCCUGAUGAGCCUCGUCAUCCACCAGCAGAUCCAUGACCGCAAGCAGCCCUACCAGUGCUCAUACUGCGAAAAGACCUUUGCUCUAAAGAGGGACUGGAAGACACACCAUCGGACCCACUCUGGGACUAAACCCUUUAAGUGCUGGUUUUGUGGGGAUGGCUUCAGCGAUCAGGACCAGCUUACCAAGCAUCUGGAGGUGCACAAGGGGGAAAAGUGCUACCAUUGCAACGAUUGCAACAAGAUGUUUGUCUCCUAUCAGGGCUUCAACUUCCACCGGAAGUCCCACAAGAACCCUAGACUGCUGCCAUGUGCUAUGUGCAACAAGACUUUCAGCAACCCUCAGAGCCUGAAACUGCACCAGGUUACCCAUUCCAACCAAAAGCCACACACAUGCAUCAUCUGCGGCAAAGGCUUCAAACUGCAGAGUGGCCUACGCUGCCACCAACGGACCCAUGAGGACUUGAGGGACUAUCACUGCACAGAGUGCGGCAAGUCUUUCUCCAGCCUGCAGGGCCUGAAGUUACACAACCGUACCCACACUGGACUGAAGCCUUACACAUGCACUGAGUGUGGGAAGAGGUUUACCCAGUCGCCACACCUCAAGUCCCACAUGGUAACCCACACCGGAGAGCGGCCGUUCCUCUGCACCACCUGUGGGAAGAGGUUCACCCAAUCAUCUCACCUCAGGUCCCACAUCACACUCUUCCACUUGGGCAAGAAACCGUUCACCUGCGAUGACUGUGGAAAGAGCUUCACAAUUGCUCACUACCUGAAGAUGCACCGGCUCAGCCACACCAAAGAGAAGCUGUACCAGUGCUCGUACUGCGAGAAGUCUUUCUCCUACCAUAACUCGUGGAGGGCCCACGAGAGGAUCCACACUGGGGAGCGUCCGUUCAGCUGCCAGGACUGCGGCCAGAGUUUCAUCACAUCCGGCUCGCUGCUUAGCCACCAGAGGUCCAAGCACACCGGAGAGAAGAGCCACUACUGUAUCACCUGCGGGGAGUUCUUCUUCACCAGCUCGCUGCUGCGGGUCCACCAACUUGACCACACCGGAGAGCGGCCGCACGCCUGCAGCUGCGGCAAGACCUUCAAAACCAAAGGAGUGCUGCGUUACCACCUGAAGAGGUUCGCUGACCACCAGCCAGCAGAGUGACUGCUGAGCAGCACAGAGAAGAUGCUCCUGGAAGGUCAGGGUCUGGCAGGCGUGAUGAUUAGCAUAUGGCUGAUGGAACAUCUCGUCAACACCUGGCACCUGUGCCUGAGACUCAAAUCCUCACAGAGAAAGAGGCAGACACCAACCCUUGUCAGAGUUGGACCUUCGUCUAACAGAGAAAGUGUUCAUGUCUUUAUGUUAGUUCCAUUGUCACAGAAGAACACUAACAGAUCAUCCAGCUGAGACACAGAGGCAAGAGCUUACAGGAUUUCACAGGCUUCUCUGUGUAGAGUCAAAGCUGACCAGCAUUAGAGGAAAAGAUUGACAAAGUGGUCCAAACAAACGUUGACAUUAAGGUGAAACACUAAGAAUCUACAGUUUCUCCAGGAGGAAUUCAGACAACGUGCCUGUGUUUUUCUGUGGCUGUCAGAGGCUGAUACCAACAUGGGUGUCACUAUGUGGCCCGUUCCAGGGCUCAGUUUACACAGUUAGUCCAGAUAUAGAAAUGUGUGCAUCAUCAAGUGCUCACCCUAAAAAUGUGAGUUACAGACCUGCUCACUGGUCUUUUCUCUCCUCCACACAAAUUGAAAAUGUAUCUAAGGAGCAUUUGCAUGUUCUGGUCCAGCCCUAAAGAACCACAGUGUCAGACCUGCUCAGUAUUUUGUGGUGAUCCAGGAUCUCUACUAACUUUCCCAUCAGUCCAGUGUUGCUUUGUGUUUUGCAUCUUUCCAGCGAGCCGUUCCAGUAACUGUGAGGAGCUGCUGCUCAGACAGGAGCAGAUGACGUCAGCGGUCUGGCUGAGUUUGACCCUCAGCUUCUGUCCUGUGAACCUUGAGAAUUAUCUUGUUGCUCCACUUCAUCCUGGCCUCAACCAAUUGAAACCCAGUAUUAACACCAAAAAUUAUCACACAUCAUCACUCAACAACUCUCCACAACUACUUACUGGCUGUUUGAUGUGUGUCUACUACUUUAUGCACAUUAACGUCUGCUCCAUUUCCUGACUGAUUAAAUCCCCUCAAUUGAUUCCUAAACUGGUUCCUGGUACCAGCUGAGCCCAGCUGUACCGUUUAAACAUUGCUUUGAACUGCGCUGUUUGAACCUGGCUGUUCUGGUCUGACACUGACCUGGUUCUAAAUGCUUAUGUAUCAGGUUGUAUGUAACAAACAUGUUCAUGUGCUUCUCUUUUACAAUAAAAACCAAAGUUAUUCAA